AUGAAUCCGGCGCGGGGGGUGCGCUUGGGCGCCACGCAACGAAAGUUGCCCCUGGAGCACUUUGUCCUCUUGAACGUACUGGGUGCACUGGAGCUGCUGGUGUUUCCUCUCCUGGGGGCCGGGAUCUCCGGGUACGAAGCGGACGCUGCGUCACCGGGGCACGUGCUUUGGGUCCAGUCGCUGGUCUUCGCUCUGCUGGCCGGGGGGGUGGUCCUUGCGCUCCAGGUGGUGCAGGAUUUGAGGUCACCGACCUGCGGACUCUAUAGCUUGGACGAGACCUUGGAAGAGAUGGUGGAAGGCCUGCGGGCCGAGACGCAUCGGCGUGUGGCGCAGGUGCCUUCCGCCCCGGAGCCUGCGAAGCUUCCAGAUGUGGACGAAGCUGAGCGUCAGCGCUGGGAUGAGGACUGGCCAUCUUUGCAGCCGCGGUCCGGCAAGGAGGGCCAAACGACUCGGCUGGUGAAGUGCGCGGCGGUGGGGGCCCUGGCCGCGCUGCUCUUCGUGCCGCUGACCCUCCUGCUGGAGAACAACGUGUCGGCUCCGGCUCUGCAAGCCAUCCGGGAGGACAACAACGCGCAGUGGCUGCAGAACUGCUUCACCGGCGUAGGCUUGGUCUUCUCCCUCUUCGCGGCUCAAACCUUCAGCUUCCUCUACUCCCAGCAGGAGGCCAUCUACCUGGCGCUCUACGCGGAGGUCUCGGAGGCCAAGGCGCUCUUGGAGCAGCUGGCGCUGGUCUGCCGCGGCCGGCCCACCCUCGGCCAGGCGGGGGACGUGGGGCCUGCAGCGCUACGUGCGGGAGGACCUGCGGCGGCUGGACGUGAAUCCCGCGAAGCUCCUCGCAGGACGACAAGCGCGCACCGUUGA